GUACCGCCAAAUCCAAACUCCCACAGCAACAACCGGACUGAGGCAUACGCGUGUAGUUCAUCCACCACAUCGGUAACUUCAAGGCGCCAUCGGACCCCUUAUUCCCACCUAUUCAGCCCGUCGCGGCGUCGCCUCCCCAAUUUCACAGUCUUCAACCUCCACCAACGACAGCAGCAGCGUAAUAAUAAUCUUGGGAGGAAUCGGUUUCCAGCUUUAACAGCGUGUCCAUGGCAAAGAAAAGAGGGAAGGCGUUAAAGGGAAAAGAUGUAGCUGUAAAUUACAAUGAUAGGAAUAAGAAGAUAGAGAAGAAAUUGACGAAGAAAAAGAAGAAAUCUAUGAAGAUAAGUGCAUCUUCAGUACCUACGUCGGCUCCUGUGCCUAACAGCGGCGCUUCCACUUCCAAUGUUGCUCAUGCGACUUCGUCUAGCCAUGCUAAUCCUACUGGUAGAAAAAAGCUUCGGCCAACAAAGAAUGAGAAGGAUAGUGGGCACUCUCAUUCCGGUUUUAUAUUUAUGUGUAGUGGGAAGACGAAACCCGAAUGUUAUCGCUAUCGUGUUUUUGGGCUGCCAUUAGCAAAGGUGGACGUUGUGAAAAAAAUUAGACCGGGUGCAAAGCUAUUUCUGUAUGAUUUUGACUUGAAGCUUCUUUAUGGCACAUACAAGGCAACUUCAAAUGGAGGAGUGGAUUUGGAACCAAUUGCGUUUAAGGGGAAAUUCCCUGCACAGGUCAGAUUUAAGAUUUUCAAGGACUGUUUACCUCUUCCUGAAAAUGCUUUUAAAGCAGCUAUCAGAGACAACUAUCAGGGAGGUUCUAAGUUUAAACAAGAGCUCAAUAGCAAACAGGUGCAUGCUUUAAUCUCAUUGUUUCGCCCACUCACCGAGUCAGUACCUACUUCUGCUGCCCCUCCCCGAGAUGUGGCAAAACCAGGCUCAUUUCCAUCUCCCAUUACAGAAGAAGGAUUUCAUCCAACAGCAAGGCUGUCCCAUCAAGAGGGCUCCUAUUCAUAUGGUAUGCAACGUACACGUGCAUCGCCGCUUGAUAUGCAGUCCAGGCAGGCAAUCCCAUAUCCACUUUAUGAUCAAUAUGAGGUCGAAACACACGUGGGACAUGUAUGGCCUCGCUUAGAGCCUCGACAUGUUCAGCAUGCUUCUCUUCCAGGUCAUGCUGAUUCCUAUUAUUUAGCAGCGACACAUGAGCCGUACUUGCCUGAACAACCAUACAUGUCCCAUCAGGAUGCAUAUAGAAGGCAUAGGGUGACACUUGCAGAGGAGAUGGUUCCCAGGGAUCAAGUUGUUGCCUAUGGAAGUGAGUAUGACGGGCCACAGUUGCUGAAGCGGAGAGAGAGAGAAAUUGCUCCGCGUUCCAAUUAUGUGGCUGAAUCUUAUAGUCGAGAGGUUCCCACUGCUGCAGCCUCACAUGUUAUGUUGCAGUCGCAUUCUUUAGCACCAUCUUAUGAACGGACGUUAACGUACCAACGGUACUAUCCAGUCACAACCCUUCAGGAUCAGAGCUUGGUGUACGCUGAUCCUCUUGUAAGACCAUUGCAUGGUACCUCUUACUCAGCUGAGGCAGAUGUUCCAAUCUCUACUCACUUUUCGUACACUAGAGCACCCCAUUACCGCUGA